AUGGCGAUGCUGAUGGCGAAGCGAUCUCAGGCUGCAGAGAGCGAGGGAACUGCUGGCGGUGCUGCUCGCCAGGCGCCCAUGACGAGGAGCAAGAAAGCUGCAAAGGCGACGGACAAGCCAGCGACAAAGCGGACGAGCGCGCCCACUGACAAGCCAGCAAACGCUGCCAAGACCACGCCUGCCACCGGCAAUGCCAAGCAGAAGCGGAAGAAGGGGGAGGGGCCAGACACUUCGCCAAGCCUCCGUAAGCAGAGGAAGACUGCCAAGAAGACUGGCGAAGGAUCCAACGGGACGACGCGCGAGUUGGGCGCCGCGAGUGCAUCGGAGGACGAGGCGACGGCUCGCGAUGAAGAGACGACUCCCCUGGUACCCAAGCAUGCGCACCGGUCCACGUGCUUGGCUCUACAAAAGAAGACCGCAGACGAAAAGGGCGAGCACCGGCAAGGCCCACGGCGCAAGGCAGGUGAUUUCUACAAAAUGGCAGACUACCAGAAGCGUGUGUGGGCGGAGAAAUACACAGCUGCUAGGAACAGCGGCAACGACUUGGACUACGAGGCUUUGAGCAAGUUGACUCAAUUCAAGGCGUUCAAAAAUAACCCAGAAGAGCUCCAGCGUCACGAGCCCGCGCUGCUGAAAGAGUUCUACGAGGUUUACUUAGCGGACCAAGCCCUGAAAGCAGACGCACACUCGCAGACCGCUGGAUCGGGUUCGUCGAAGCGAUCGCAACGUGGCGGAGCCGAGCACCUGGCGAUCGAGCAAUGCGACAUCCAGGCGGCUCAGCAGCUUGCCGCAGCCAGAAACCAAGCAUCGCUAGCGUCAGACCAAGCUCCAGGGCCUCCAAUCUCGCAGACACCCGUGGCCGCGCAGGAGGAAGGUGCCCCAGCUCGGAGCCUGCAAACCCACCCUUUCCGAGGGGAGUAUGCGAAUUUUGAACUCUCUGUUUCGCAAGCACUGCAGCAGUUCCGAGAGAAGCUAGAGGAGGAGCAAGCGCGCUCAAGGAAAUUAGAGGAGCAGUUAGCAGCCGCUGAAAUCGAGCUGACCGAACUCAGGAAUUUUGAUCUCCCAGACGACAAUUUAACUAUCGCGUUGACGAAGGAGUUGCGGAAUUCGAUUUUACAACUAGCCGAGGAGAAGGCGAUUUCAAGUGGCUUGCGCAACAAACUUGCCCAUGUGGAAACUGAGUUGAAUUUGUCGAAGCAAUCCGUCACCACGCACGCAGACAAUCUACUUAAGGCGCAGGCUAGCCAACUCCAGGAUGUGCACGAAAACAUGAACAACCUCACGAGAGAGGUGGACGAGCGCAAGAAAAAACUGGAGGACCGGGAGAACGAGGUGGCUACGCGAGAGAAGAAUAUGGAGAACGAGGAGGAAGAACUACAAGUCAAAGCCGAGGAGCUGCAAUCUCAUGAGGCCAAGCUCAAAGAGGAGGGCCGGCGUCUCCAGAACGUAACGCAUCGCCUGCAACGGGAGCGGGAGCAGUUGGACGCGGAUAAAAAGAAACGAGAGAAGCCGAGUCGAGAAAAGCAACAAGGAGGCCGAAUAUCGCUGAGGCAGGCGAAGAUUUUGAAUGAAAUGAAGCGCCAGACCCGGCUCCUGGAUGAGCAGUUCAAGAACAACGGGUGCCCAGCUGCGUUUAAAGAGCUCGAAGCCAACCGCAACCGAAUCGAGGAAGAAAUGGCGGCGAUGCAAGCAGAACGGGAUGGAGUGAGAACGCAGUUGGAAUCGAUGAAGGCUGCGCUAGAGGCGGUGAAAACGGAGAACAGCGGGUUGCAAGACACCAUCGCGAGGCUAGAGCUGUACUUGAGUAUGUUCAAGUAUAGCGCGGUGACCAAGGAAGCUAUCGGAGAGUUCACAGAAUGGAACGCCGAGAUCCGAAAUGGUAACACGAGCACAAUGCAGAAGAAGCGCGACUUCAUUCUGGACAAAAUGAAGGAGGCGUUUGGAUCGAAAACGGCGGACGCUGAAGAGUUCAAGGUGCUUGCGGUCGAGUUCUGGGAGAAAAGAAAUGAGUUGGUCCACGACAAGACAUGGACCGUCAUCCACUCGAUGGACCACGGCAGAUACGCGUAUGUAUGCACGGAGAUUAUGGAAGCAUUGGGCCUGUUGGAGAAAACCAUUAAUCCUUAG